AAUUGAGUCUUCCAUUUUUUGAUCUCACUUCCUACCUGUCUCAACUUUGUCCCGUGACUUAAGCCUUUAUUGCUACGCAAGUGUCUUUCCAGCGACAAGAUCUCAUUUGUGCUUAACCAUGAAGUGUUUGGUGCUAAUCGCUGUCUUGGUUCCUUUAUGUUUGUGUGCAAGUUAUGCUGCUUUGGAAGAAGAUGCUGCAUUACCAUAUAUGCCAAGUACAAUGACCAGUAUAGUUAAACCUAAUACAACUACCUCUCAUCCUACUACGACCACCCGUGUCACCAACGCGACUGCACAGACCACCCGUGUCACCAACGUGACUGCACAGACCACCCGUGUCACCAACACGACUGCAACAAAUCUCUCAACUACCCAUGUAUUGACAACUGUGCCCCCUACUUUGACACCUAAUUUUUCACUGCCUGAGACUGGACAGUACAAUGUUUCAAUCAAGAAUGCUAUUUGCAUCAAGGCAACACUUGGAAUACAACUUUUUGUCAAAGAACAUACGGAGGAUUUCUACUUCAAUAUUCCACCAGCAAAGACUGUAGCCUCAGGAAAGUGUGGGAAUCUUGCCUCCUGGAUUAUCCUAAAAUUUAAUUCGGGAUUUGUAAACUUCACCUUUGUAAACGAUGGAAAACAUUACUAUGUCAGUGAAAUAAGUGUUGCUCUGAAUACCAUGAAAAACUUGGAGAAAAAUUAUUUGGGUACUGUGAAGAAUAUAAAGUUGUUCAAGACUACACUUGGGCAUUCUUACAAGUGCAAAAGCAAGCAGGUUGUGGAUAUUUCAGCCAAUUCAUUAUGGAUUCUUAUUGUUAAUACUCAACUCCAAGCGUUUGACAUUACUGGUGGAAAAUUUGGUAAAGUGGAGGAAUGCUUCUUGGAUUAUAGAAUUAUUGUGCCCAUCUGCUUUGGAGUGUCUCUUUUUGUGUCGAUCAUCAUCGUAAUCGUCGUGUACUUGUAUUAUCGGCGUCGAAGAUUUGCAGGCUAUCAGCGAAUCUGAGAAAAGAGAUCAAAUGUAGUAGAAAGAUGUUACUCGCCUCUUCACUUAGUUUUCACUUGUCAUUAUUAUUGAAGAUGUGCAUCUCAGCUGAAUCAAACACUUUUCAUUUCCUCUCCAUUCAACUUACACGGUUUGUUUCAAAUAUGCUUUGAUAUACUGGUGGAGGAUUAGCUUACCAUUGAGUCAUUAUAUUUCUACAUGGUGUUAUGAUUGUUUUUAUGUCUUUUAUAUCAGAAUUAUUGAGAAUUAAAACUAUAAUGAUUUUGGAGUAAUGUAGCUUUUUUGUAGAGGCUUAGCAAUUCUAAUUUUUGAAACGUAUUUUGAUGGCAAAUGCAUUUUUAUUGUGUUCUUUUGAUUUUUUUUAAAUCUGAAAACAAAGGAGUAAGGGAUUCUAUCCUGUAAAUUGGUUUCAUUUUGAUUUCAUACAAAAUGCAUUUUUCUACAAACAGUUAAUAACAAUUGGUCAAUUUAUGGAGAACAGCAAUAAUUUCAGUCAAAGUUGGCUGUUUUUUCUAUAUUACGUUUUAGGUUUUUAAAAAUUGAUUUUAAGAUCUUCUAUGGAAUGUUUUAUUUUCUGGAGCUAUCCUUAAAAGUUUUUCUGUCUUCAUGUGUAUUCGCUGCUUUCAGUAAUUUGAUUAUAAAUGGUUCAACAAUACAUAUCUAAAUUAAUUAAUUUUAGUUACUUUUAAAUCAUAAGUUUUAGAAAUGAAAAGGCAUACGUUACUAACAGUGUGAAAUAAUUUCAUUAAUGGUAGCUGACAUUUAUAAAUGUCAAUAAAGUGCAAUAUCCUUUAUAUAGAUUACAAUACUUACAAAACUUUAACUAUAAGCUUGUACCAAUAAAUGAAACAGGACAAUGAAGCUACAUUUACAGAAGAAUAAAGUUUCUUAAUAUCUGAUGAAGAAUGUAAGAUAUUAAGAAAUGUUUGCAUUGGUUUUGCUUUCUUUUAUGUGCUUCUACCAGCUGAAAUGUGGGUUUCUGCUGAAGGAAACAGUAUGUUUGAGUAAUUAAAGCAAACUGAUAAGAGUUCCUGACUUAUGCUGAUUGCACAAUCGCAUCUAAUGUAUUUGAACUUGUGCCCCAAUGAGUGGAGGAUUGGAUUGGAAGAGCAUAUUAAUUUGGUUGUUCUCAAUAAGCAAAGCCAUACAAACUAGCCCAUGCUUGCUAAAUGAAAAACACAGGAUCUAACAUUAGAUGUGAUUGCACAACUGGACAUGUGCUAAGUGAUCCUGAGUGUGAGAGAAUUAUGCUGAUAAACGAUUUAGAAUUGUCAACUGGGCUCAGUGUGGUUAUUGGAAGCAACAUAUUAAUGCAUAAGAUCUCUGUUCUUUGCAGCUAGAAAGUAUACUGUGCCUGUUUUAACUGAACAAAGUAGGUGAUAGCAAUUCUCUGGUUCAUUUUUUGUUUUUUGUUUAAAGCAAUAACUCAGUCAUCAUUCAAAUGUUACAUUUUCAAUGGCAAUACCGCUACCAAUCAGAAUCUAGUUACCAACCAAUUGGAAUUUUCCACUCCUGUAGUAUAAAUAUUGUUUUUGCUUGAUGUUGGUAAUUCCUGUGAAUUGUCCUAAUGAGUGCAAGGAGUUUAGAAAUACUUUUAACAGCUUUAACAGUGAGGAGCUUCCCACUUUUUAAUUCCUUUGUUUGGAACAAAGAUUUUUAAAAUUCUUUUAGAAUGCAGUUAAGGCACAUUUCCAUUAAUUUUAAACUAGCAAGUUAUAGUUUAAGGAGACAAUUACAAGAUUUUACUAAAAGAGGAAUUUUUUUGUUUACUAAUACCAGACAAAAUAGGUUAUCAAAUGCACAUACACACAGGUAUAAAGUUGUUUAAAAAUGGUAUGAGUGUAUACCACAAAAAGGAAGAUCCAGUAUGCAGUUUAAAUGUCCUUUGAGUCCUUAAGGUUUACAUUUAACUUAAGGCUUCAGUUGUUUAACUGAUAACGUGUAUCCUCCACAAUAUCAAAAUUUGUACAUAUCUUUUUGUUCUCGGUGAAUGCUUUACUACCAGAUAUUGUUUUAUUUGAGAAACUUAGAAAAAAGGGAGACAGAACCUUCCAGUUCUACUGUUACAAACCCAUUUGUCCUUUCUCUGAUCUGUCCAAAAGCUGUGGUCUUUAAGUUCAUGUGUAUUUCCAUGCCUAAUGUAAUUGUUUUUCAAGCUGAAAAAUUUGGGAUGCGUUUUUCAACUUCAUAUGUGAAACUUCCAGAAAAGUGUAAAUCAAACCAGAAAUAGAGAUCUGAAUGAGUCAUUUUGAUGACAUGUUAAUUUCAGAACAGGCUGGAUCUUGUUCAUUGAUGGUUUCAUGAAACUUGGUCAGGUGAUCAGUGUGGCUAUCUUAAAUUACUUGUGUUUUUCAUUUUUUGAAACCAUUUUGUUCAUGAAAAUCUCAGAUAUUCAGAUUAGAAUACGGAAAUUACAAAUUGGUCCAUUUUUACCAGUCAUAACACGUUUGAGGCUCUGAUUUCACCUGUGAAUCGCUUCUGUUUGUCUAUGACAUUCAUUAAUACAAAUAAACCACUUUUGUAUAA